AACCCAUUCCCUAACACCGGUCAAAGCUACCUGCGCCGCGACACCCUCGACAAACUCUCUGCAAACCCCGCCUCAACCGCCGAAGACAUUUCGAGUAUAGUCUUGCAGUGGCUCAAGCGGCAAUCUGUACCGAAUUGCGAUAGUCAAAACAACCCACCGAUACGCACGACCAUCUUGUCCACUAGGCUGGGCUGCCGCUAGCCAGCAUGAGCUCCCUUAAACAAUUCAUUCGAAAUGUCCGCGCCGCGAAAACCAUUGCGGAUGAGCGAGCUGUCAUUCAGAAAGAAAGCGCCGCUAUUCGAGCCAGCUUUCGUGAGGAGAGCGCCGACCAUGGCAUCCGCCGAAACAAUGUCGCUAAGCUUUUAUAUCUAUUUACACUUGGAGAGCGUACACACUUUGGGCAGAUUGAGUGCCUGAAGCUUCUUGCCUCUCCCCGCUUCGCCGAUAAGAGACUUGGCCAUCUUGCCACCAGUUUGUUGCUCGAUGAGAACCAAGAAGUGCUCACUCUAGUCACAAACUCGUUAAAGAAUGAUCUCGGCCACUCCAACCAGUAUAUCGUUGGACUGGCCCUUUGCACCCUCGGCAACAUAGCUUCCAUCGAAAUGUCGCGUGAUCUCUUCCCCGAAGUCGAAACCUUAAUAUCCACCUCGAACCCCUACAUUCGACGCAAGGCUGCUCUCUGUGCGAUGAGAAUAUGCCGAAAGGUCCCUGAUUUACAAGAGCAUUUCUUAGAAAAGGCCACGCAACUGCUUUCCGAUAGAAACCACGGAGUUCUGCUUUGUGGCCUUACUCUUGUGACAAGUCUUUGCGAAGCAGAUGAGGAGGAGGGCGGUGAAGAAGGCAUUGUCGAAAAGUUCCGGGAGUUUGUUCCUGGCCUUGUCAAGAUCCUCAAGAGCCUAUCGACAUCUGGCUAUGCUCCCGAACACGACGUUACAGGCAUCACGGAUCCCUUCCUUCAAGUAAAGAUUUUGAGACUACUACGUGUGCUCGCUGUUGGCGAUGCGCACACCAGCGAACAAAUCAACGAUAUCCUCGCUCAGGUUGCAACCAACACUGAUUCUACCAAAAACGUGGGCAACUCUAUCUUAUACGAAGCAGUUCUCACCAUUCUCGAUAUCGAAGCUGAUUCUGGCCUGCGUGUCCUUGGUGUCAACAUUCUCGGCAAGUUCCUAACAAACCGGGACAACAACAUUCGAUACGUUGCUUUGAACACCCUGAUUAAGGUGGUGGCUAUUGAACCCAAUGCCGUCCAGCGACAUCGCAACACAAUCCUCGAGUGUUUGAGAGACCCUGAUAUCAGUAUUAGACGUCGUGCUCUAGAGCUGAGCUUCACAUUGAUCAAUGAGAGUAACGUUCGGGUCCUGAUCAGAGAGCUGCUCGCUUUCCUCGAAGUUGCGGAUAACGAGUUCAAGCCUACCAUGACUAGCCAGAUCGGCAUUGCUGCUGACAAGUUCGCCCCCAACAAGAGAUGGCACUUUGACACAAUGCUUCGCGUUUUGUCGCUUGCUGGAAAUUAUGUAAAGGAGCAGAUUCUCUCUUCUUUUGUUCGCCUCAUUGCUACGACACAGGAAUUGCAGCCCUACGCCGUCCAGAAAUUAUUCGUCAAUCUGAAGAAGGAUAUUACGCAGGAAUCUCUGACCCAAGCUGGUGCAUGGUGCAUUGGAGAGUACGCCGACUCGCUCUUAAGAGGUGGCCAGUUUGAGGAAGAAGAGCUCGUCGCCAACGUUAGCGAGAGCGACAUUGUCGACCUCUUCAACAUGAUCCUUGGCAGCAGCUACGCUACACAGAUUUCCACGGAGUACAUUGUCACAGCUUUGAUGAAGCUGACAACGAGAUUUUCGGAUGACAGCCAAAUUGAGAGAGUUCGCCGCAUUCUACAGAGCCACCAAACUAGCUUGGAUGUUGAAGUUCAGCAGCGAGCUGUAGAAUAUAGCAACUUGUUCGCCUUUGACCAGAUCCGCCGCGGUGUCUUGGAGAAGAUGCCGGCACCUCAAAUCAAGGAAGAGUCGCGCGUCCUCGGCCCCGCGCCAACAAAGAAGAAGGCAGCAAACCGCAAGUCUAGAAUUGUUAAGCCCACGGAACACGAUCUCCUCGAUCUCAUGGGUGGAGACGAGACCGUCACCUCUCCUACGCAGGCUACACAGGCAUCCAACUCGGACUUGCUUGCCGACAUUUUGGGCGGCGGCGCACCAGCGCCAAGCGCUGCUCCCGCUUCUUCUAACACGUCAUCCAUCAUGGACCUCUUUGGCUCCGACCCUUCCCCGGCUGCAGCGACUCCUUCCGCGUCUCUCAUGACUGGCGCCUCCAGCACGCCUCAGCAAGCCGCGCCCAGCUCAGCAGACCAGGCCUGCUACAACGGAAACGACCUCAACGUGACGUUCCAGAUCCAGAGGAAUGCCGAGGGCACGAUACAGGCUACCGCACGCUUCCAGAACUUGUCAGGAAGCGCGUCGCUGACAAAUGUUGGCCUGCAAGCUGCUGUGCCCAAAUCUCAAAAGCUGCAGCUGCUUGGUAUCUCUUCAGCAACAUUGGGUUCCCAGGAGACCGCAACACAAAUGAUGCGAGUGUCCGGAUGCAAGGGUCCUCUUCGUCUACGCUUGAGAAUUUCCUACACUCACCCUACCGCAGGACAGGUAUUGGAGCAGGUGAACUGGACAGAAAGCGCGUAGAGCAUUGGGUAGGAGCAGACAUAUAUUACUGCGCGGUAGAUAAUCUAGGCGUUGAAAAAAAGACAUUUAUAUAUCUCAUAACUG